AUGUCGGCAGAGAAGAAGCGUCGCUUGGAUGCGCUGCUGCCGGUCUUUGAAGAGUUGGAGGUGUGCGAAGCGAUCUGGACUUGGCGCAUCGGGGUCGCCAGCUUUGUCAGCGCAGAGUCGAAGCGAAGACUUGCGAUGGAGCUCCACUGGAGACCUCCGGUGGGACAUCGGGUGGGACCUGUGGAACUUGCCGAUGGAGUCAGGGAGGAUGAAGUGGAGGAGGAGAUCUGUCACUUCGCCCAGCGCUUGCGCCUGGCAGCGCCGGCCAACUUCCCCUUGGACGCACGCACCGGGCUGCCGGCCGCGCACCACCUUCCGAAAGGCUUCACGCUGCCAUGGCCCAGCUUGGAGGAAGAGAUGCCGAAAGCCAUGGCCUUGGCUUCAGGCCUGAAGCGGGUCCCGCCCCCACAGGCCCUCCUGGAACGGAGCAGCGGUGUGCCGGGCGCUGCUUGGGCAGUGCAGCUGAGGCCCAUCGCCCCGGCCAGCGCCGUGCUGUUCACCGUGGACGGCUCGCUGCCGCGCGUGGGAUCCGCGAGCACCAUGCGCGCGAGCGAGGCGCCUGUGCUUUUGGCCGAGGGAGGGCAAGUCUUUGCUGUGGCUGCAGCACCUGGCAAGCAUUUGUCCGAUGUGGUCACCGUGAAAACGCCCAUGGCAAAGGCCGGUGUUGAGUUGAUGAAGUCUGGUGUGAAGAAAACUUUUCUUCAUGUAGCUUGA